AUGUUUCUUUUUUUUGGAUUAUUUUCAUCGUUUUGUCUUGCACAAUGUCAGUCCAGAACACCUAUCCUUCUUGUACCUGGUAUUAUGUCUACUAUUUUACAUGCAAAAUUAAAUAUCCCAACGUCUGUACCUUAUGAAAUAAUCCCAAAAGAAUGUUUAAGACAAAGUGAUGAAUUUAGAAUAUGGGAGAAUAUUACCUUCUUGUACAAAUAUCCACAAUGUAAUUUAAAUUUAUUGAAACAACAAUACAAUGAAAAAACAGAAGAAAUGCAAAAUAUUGAUGGUGUUAAAGUCAAUGUCCCAAAAUUUGGAAGUGUAUAUGCAUGUAACAAACUUGACCCUGAUGCCCCUGGUAAAACUACUCAAUACUUAAAACCAUUGAUCGAUAAAUUACGUGCUGAAGGGUAUCAAGACCAAAUUGAUUUAUUUUGUGCUGGUUUUGAUUGGAGAAUAUCAUCAAUAUCAUCUUUUCAAUUUAUUACUGAUACAAUUAAUUUAAUUAAACAAAUUAACACUUCUACUCAUAAGAAAGUGAUCAUAGUUUCUCAUUCAUAUGGUGGGCUCAUGACAAAAUUUUUGUUUGAUAGAUUUACUGGAUAUAAUAAUUAUAUUAAAGAAUGGAUUGCAGUAUCUACUCCAUGGAAAGGAGCAUUCCUUUCCAUUCAGGCACUACUCUCAGGACUAGAUUGGCUUCCUAUUGAUGGUCAAUUGUUUGCAAAUGUUUCAAGGUCAAUUGAAUCAAAUUACCAAUUAUUACCUCAUAAAAACUAUUGGGAGAAGAAUGAUUUAGUUACUAUUGAAGAUAAAUCAUAUAACAUUGAUAAUCUUGAAGAAAUUUUAAAUCAAUUAACUCCAUUUGGAGUAAAAUUAUAUAAUAAAACAUCAAUCAAAUUUAAUUCCUUACCAGAAAUACCUAAAUAUUGUAUAUACUCUAGUGGAUUUGAAACUGCUGAAUAUGGGAAAUAUACAGAUUGGACAUUUAAAAAUAGUCAAAUAACAUACGGAGAUGGAGAUAAUACUGUCAAUUAUAAUUCAUUAAUAUUCUGUAAAAAUCUUGGAUUUGAACAGAAACAUUUAGGGAAAUUAUCACAUAUGGAAAUUGUGAAUAGUGAUAAAUUUUUGUCAUAUCUUCUUCCUCAUGUUUGUGAAACACAAAAUCAAUGA